CUAAACGAGGUUUCUCUUAUUUCUUGUAUUUCUUCAUCUAUUUUCGUGGAUUUGCUCCAUUUUUCUUUGAUCUCCAUUCAUCUGUUUCUAGGUUGAAAAUUUUGCUCCAAAAAUUCAACAGGUGAUAGACUGGGUUAAAACCCAAGGUUAUACUAAGGCAGAAAAGAGAAGAAAAUGGUUAGGGUCAUGUUGCAGUUGAAGAAAAUUGAGAACAAAGCAUACAAACACAUAACCUUUGCCAAAAGGAGAAGUGGCCUUGUCAAGAAAGCCUUUCAACUUUCAACUCUAUGUGAUGUGGAGGUUGCUCUAAUCAUUUGUUCCUCGGCCAGAAAUCUCACUCUUUUUGAGGGAAAGAAAAGCCUACCAAAUCAAGAGUUAAGGCAGAUCAUUUCUCAGCUGAACCUGGAAGUUAGUGUCUACCAUCAUAACACAACUUCCUUAGGGUACUUUGUAAAAAGUCUUGGCUGCAUCAAAUCAUCAUGCGAGUUGGAAUACCAUGAAAAGAUCUUGGAAGACACACUGCAAGUUGUCCGUAUGCACAAGGCAAGAUCUAUGGCACGUGCAGCCCGUCAAGAGGUUCCGGAUGCUAAUAGUGGGCAAGAAUGUUUUCUCAUAUUCAGGGGAAUUCAAGGGCUAAUUAAAGCACCAACAUCAAUAAAACAGAUGGAGAAAAUGGUACUUAAAUAUUUGCUGCCACAAGUUGAAGCGGCAUCGCUCUGGAGCAUAUCUCUUGCAUUUGCCUGGCAAAAGGCAAUGAGGCAAUGGCCUCAUUUCAUGAUUCAUUUCAUACUUUGGAGCUCCUUUGUUAUGUGUUUGUCGGCUGCAAUUUUUCUGGUUUGCUGCCAAAAACCUACCACAGAUGGUGUUGGGGUUUGCUUCAUUGCCUUUGCAAUUGAUUUAAACCACCCCACUUAUGUGAUGCUUGGGGCUGGAUUCAUAUGGAUGUCUAUGUGGAUUUUGGCUGUGAUUGGAACCAUUGAUUAUAAUUGUAUUGUUCUUGAGCUUAGCUUGGACGACUGAAGUCUUGAUAAAUGUUACCAAUUUAACAAUUAGCACUUAGCAGAGUAAUUUCUUUGUAUUACCUCCAAGGAAUGCAGUGCAGUACUAACUUCUGCUUCCAAAGAGCCUUAUCCCUGAACCUUGGAAGUGCUUGUCUUGGAUCCUUAUUCGUUCCAACAAUAUAAGCACUGAGAAUUGUAGCAAGACGUUUGAAAUUGUAAAAUAAAUUCUGAUAUUAAAU